AAGAAAGCGAUACACAUUUUGAAGAUUCAUCUGCUAAAUAUGAGAAAUCGCAAUUAACUGCUCGUGUAAAAAAUUCUUCAGGAUUUUUUGUUCCUGUAGACAGUGCAUCGAUAUCAUCAGGAACCGAAUUCAUGCAGGCUGCAAAUGAUGCAAUUAGAUAUUAUAUAUACCAACGUUUAAACGGUAGACUCAAAAAUCUUCAAAUAAUGCUUGAUGAUUCCAGUGUGGCUGGUGAAGGCGAACAUAAACUCUUUCGAUUUUUAACUGCGCAACGUAAUCAUCCAGGAUAUAACACCAAGUAUCGACAUGUCGUUUGCGGUUGUGAUGCCGACUUUAUCAUGUACGCUCUGCUUACACACGAACCUAACUUGCGUAUAUUACGUCCUGGUUUAAAGGGCAAUGAUGUCAUUCUUAAUAUCAACAGACUUCGUAAACACAUAAUUCGUGAUAUGGUAGUGCAAGUAACGUCGGAUAUUAAAGAAGACAACAUUAUCGAUGACUUUGUUUGCAUUGCCAAUUUGCUUGGUAAUGAUUUUAUUCCACGGAUUAAAUACACCCCGAUACGGCCUUUCGAACAAUUAAUGUGCAUACUUCCACCUAAAUGUAAUUAUCUUGUUCCAGAACCUUUCCGACCUUUAUUUACUGAUCCACAGUCUCCAAUUUAUGAAUUCUUUCCGAAAAAAUUCAAGAUAUCUAAUAACAAGGCUAUCUUGCCAUUUGUUGACGAAGCGCGUUUGAUGCAAGCCAUGGCACCAGGAUAUGCACUAUUAAAAAAAGAAGAUAUCGAAAGAAAUUCUAUAAAUGGAAGAGUUCAUAUCUAUGCUGGAUGUCAGUCAUCAACUUAUGCGACCCUAUUUCCUCUAUGUACAAGUAAAGGUGGUAGGUCUGCUUUCCCCGUAACUUCGGUAGUAUUUGGACAAUUGUCAUAUUGUGGGCCAAUGUUAAAGUUCAUCAAGGCACCUGUUGAUGAAUUUAACAAAAUAAAUCAUAACUUGGUUGCUACUGCAGAGUAUCAAUUACCAG